AUGGCGGGAACACAACGCGACAACCGUCGCCGUUCCAGCUCGAUGCGAAAGUCGACCUCACAGCAGCACUACGCACCGAUCAUUUCGAUACCUUCUCCGCCACCGCCGGCAGAAGAGUGGGCGUUUCCACCGUCAUCUUCGUCCACGACGCAGCUGAUGAUCGACAGCAAUGACGACACCGAGAAGAAAGCCGAAGCUGGACCUUCUACAGUACAGCCAUCACAUCUCCCACGUCGACCUGUGCUCUCGCGCCGCAAGACGUCCAAGAAGGAAUACGUGCACCCUUACCUGUCUGGCAACUUUGCGCCCGUUACCACCGAAUGCCCUCUCACCGACUGUCUCUAUGAGGGCACAAUACCGCAGGAGUUCGCUGGCAGCCAGUACGUCCGCAAUGGAGGCAACCCACUCGCUAAUUCGGACCUCGACCGCGAUGCGCACUGGUUUGACGCAGAUGGCAUGCUCGCGGGCGUCUUGUUCCGACGCACGUCGGACGGCACGAUCCAACCGUGCUUCCUCAACCGCUUCAUCCUCACCGACCUCCUACUCUCUACACCGGACCACUCGCGCCUCCCCUACCUGCCGAGCAUCGCGACGCUCGUCAACCCGCACACGUCGUUCUUCUGGCUCGUGUGCGAAAUCAUCCGUACGUUUGUGCUCACCAUUCUCACAUGGCUGCCUGGCCUUGGUCUGAGGAGCGAUCAGAAGCUGAAGCGCAUCAGUGUAGCGAACACGAGCGUGUUCUGGCACGACGGCAAGGCGAUGGCUGGGUGCGAGAGUGGGCCUCCUAUGCGUAUCAUGCUUCCUGGUCUUGAGACGGUCGGCUGGUAUACGGGAGAGGAUGAAGACGAGAACGAGGGAAAGGACGAGAAAGCCGGGAGGGCUGCCACUCGCAAGACCGAGUCCAAAGGCUUUGGAGGUGGGCCGCCAAUCAUCAGCAUGCUGCGCGAGUUUACGACAGCGCAUCCCAAGAUCGAUCCGAAGACGCAGGAGCUGUUGCUCUACCACAUGUGCUUCGAGGCGCCGUACCUUCGCGUCAGCGUCAUCCCACCGGCGCGAUCCAAGCGAACAGAGCUUCCGGCCCAUGCGACGACGAUCAAGGGCCAAGCGGUACGCGGACUCAAACAGCCCAAGAUGAUGCACGACUUUGGAGCCACGCCGACGCAGACCGUUAUCUUGGAUGUGCCGCUUUCGCUCGACAUGCUCAACCUCGUUCGCGGCAAGCCGAUUCUGCACUACGACCCGACGCAGCCCAGUCGCUUUGGAAUCUUGCCGCGCUAUGCGCCGGAGCAAGUGCGCUGGUUCGAGAGCCCCGAGGCGUGUUGUGUCUACCACACGGCCAACAGCUGGGACGACGACGGCAAGUUUGCCUCCCCUCGCGAGCACGCCCGAGAAGGCGAAGCUGCAGCGCGCGGAGUUAACAUGCUCGGGUGCCGUCUGAACAGUGCCACGCUCGUCUACUCUGCUGGCAACCUGCUGCCCCCCUCGCACGUGCUUCCGCCUCCGAACUGCCCCGAAAGGUGCCAGCUCUACUACUGGCGCUUUGACCUAGACCGUUCGGAUGCCAACACGAUCAGCCACGAGUUCGCGCUCGCGGACGUGCCUUUUGAGUUCCCCGCGAUCAACGACGAGUACGCGAUGCAGCAGGCGCGCUAUGUGUACGGCACGAGUAUGCGCGACGGCACCUUUGACGCCGGGCUGGGAAAAGCGGCCAAGAUCGAUGCGCUCGUGAAGGUGGACGCGGGGGAGCUGAUUCGCAGAGGAAAAGCGAUGUGGAGUCAGGGGAGGUUGAGUGCGGGAGGGAGUGUUGAUACGCGGACGGUGGAAGAGGUGCUGGCUGCACAGCGCGAGGGGAGAGCCGAUGCGGAUGAUGCGAUCAAGAUCUUUGAGAUGCCCAGAGGGUGGUAUGCUCAGGAGACGACGUUUGUGCCGCGUCGAAGUGGGAUGGAGCCACUGCAGGAGGACGACGGCUGGCUUGUGUGUUACGUCUUCGACGAGGCGACGGGCUUGCACCCUUCGACAGGUGAGGUGCUGCCCGGCGCAGCCAGCGAGAUGUGGAUCAUUGACGCCAAGCACAUGAAGGACGUUGUCUGCCGCGUCAAGCUCCCACAGCGUGUACCCUACGGUCUGCACGGCACGCUGUUUACCGAGGAGCAGAUUGCUUCGCAGAGGCCGAUCGAUCCUUCGCAGGUGCGCAGCUGGGCUUUGUCGGUUCACAUGGCCGACCCGUUCUCGUCGUCUUCGUUGGGGUCGACCGUGUACACGGCUUCAGGCAAGGCGGCAACAAGCAAGUUCAAGGACGGCAAGGGGGUGUAUGCUGCCUUCAUCCAGGAUCCGGUUCGCAUUGGUGCUUGGUGGAUCAAGCGCAAGAUUGAGCUCUUGAUCGCUUGA